AUGAGUGCGUGGACCGAGGAAGUGCUGUCCUGGCGCGACGACCGGCUCGGUCUAACCGAAUUGCCCACAGUGAACCGAAGGAAAAACCGGACCGCGCCGUACAGACUGCACAGGCCGCAUUUGUCGACCGCUCACGUGCCCGAACCGGUACCGGAGGCCCACGGCACGCACAUCUCGAGGCUAUACCCGGAGAUACUCGCGCUGAUAUUUGAAAGGUUGCCAGUGAGGGAUAGAGGUCGAGCGGCGCAAGUUUGCCGCUCUUGGCGUGAUGCCGCAGACAGGAGGUCAGUGUGGAGAGGUGUCGAGGCAGCUCUACAUCUGCGAAGACCGGCCCCCGUGUUAUUCGCGUCGCUGGCGAGACGCGGUGUACGCAAACUUCAGGUUCUAUCGCUGCGGCGUGGACUGAGAGAUGCCGUUGCUUCUCUACCAGGUUUGGAGUCGCUUUCCCUUAGCGGUUGCUAUAGCGUGACUGACACGGCACUCGCGAGCGCUUUCGCAACCGAACUCCCACCGUUACGAAGACUGGAUCUGUCUCUAUGUAAGCAAGUUACCGACUCCUCGCUCGGACGUAUAGCCCAAUCGUUGAAGAACUUAGAAGAAUUAGAACUCGGCGGAUGCUGUAAUGUAACCGAUACAGGACUGUUAUUAAUCGCUUGGGGUUUGAGAAAACUGCGUAAGCUGAACCUCAGAUCAUGCUGGCAUGUUAGCGAUGACGGUAUAGCACAUCUGUGCGGUGGCGGAGAAGCGAGAGGUACUCCGGAGCUAGAGCAUUUAGGUUUACAAGAUUGCCAAAGGUUAACAGACGAAGCUCUUAAGCAUGCCGCGGCUGGUCUUCCCCAGCUCAAAUCUAUCAACCUCUCCUUCUGUGUUGCGGUCACUGACGCUGGAUUAAGGCAUCUGGCGAAGCUAUCGCAUUUAGAGGAUGUUAAUUUGAGGGCAUGCGAUGGAGUUUCGGACGCCGGAGUAGCUUAUUUAGCUGAGAGUGGUAGAUUGAGAGCAUUAGAUGUUUCGUUCUGUGAUAAAGUAGGAGAUGAGGCGUUAUCUCACGCUACGCUCGGUCUUUCUGGUCUGCGAUCAUUGUCGCUUAGCGCUUGCCGACUGAGCGACGAGGGCCUGGAAAGAGUCGCUAGGCUAUCGCAACUGGAGACCCUGAAUAUAGGCCAAUGUACCCGCGUCACGGAUAGAGGACUGCGCGCUCUUGGCGACGGCUUAUUGAACUUGAAGGCUAUAGACUUAUAUGGAUGCACGUGCAUAACGCCCCAGGGUUUAGACCAUAUCGUAAAACUCCCCCGUCUUAGUGUACUCAACUUAGGUCUGUGGCAUGUGCGGUGA